AUGUCUCUAUAUUUUUCACUACUGCGGCUACAGCAACAGCGACUACUGCUCAUGACCUUCUACGUCCUCGCCCAUCUUCUGCUGAAUAUGCCGUUCUCGAAAACUGCCGUAAUGGAGAGUAAUUGGUCAAAUCGCAUAGGAGGAGUACUCCAAGCAGAAGAGCACGUUCUGCACGUGAAAAAUGACCCUGUGAAGAAGGAAGUCGAAGAACCCGUACGGGCGCCUCAUCUGCUCCCGUCGGCUGACCGGUGGAUCCGACUUCGUGCACCUGCCCAACUUGAGGAACAUCGCAAGGUCCCUAUAGGUGUUUAA